CCAGCCGAACAGGUUUACAACACGUUAUUGAGCUGAUGCUGUAGAUUUCAGGGCUGUUUUUUCACAUCUGGUGGAGAGAUGAACCUUUCCAGGAUCCAGAUCCUGCUGACAUGGAUUCUUGGUGCAAUAGCCGGUUCAGUGUUCUGCUCGGCGGAUGAGACCCGACUGGUGAAAACCCUGUUCACCGGUUACAACAAAGUGGUUCGACCAGUCAACCACUUCAGUGAAGCUGUGGUGGUCACAGUGGGACUGCAGCUCAUUCAGCUCAUCAGUGUGGAUGAGGUGAACCAGAUUGUGACCAGUAAUGUGCGUCUCAGACAGCAAUGGAUCGAUGUGAAUCUCCAGUGGAAUCCAGAUGAUUAUGGAGGAAUUAAGAAGAUCAGAAUCCCAUCGACAGAUAUAUGGAAACCAGACCUGGUGCUUUACAACAACGCUGAUGGUGACUUCGCCAUCAUCCAUGAAACUAAAGUCCUGUUGGAGCACACCGGGAUGAUCACGUGGAACCCUCCGGCCAUUUUUAAGAGUUACUGUGAGAUUAUCGUCCUCCAUUUUCCUUUCGACCUACAGAACUGCAGCAUGAAACUGGGCACGUGGACGUAUGAUGGACUGCUGGUGGUCAUCAACCCAGACAAUGAUCGGCCUGACCUCAGUAACUUUAUGGAGUCGGGUGAAUGGGUGCUGAAGGACUACAGGAGCUGGAAACACUGGGUUUACUACACCUGCUGUCCUGACACGCCCUACCUGGACAUCACGUACCACUUCCUCAUGCUGCGUCUGCCUCUGUACUUCAUCGUCAACGUCAUCAUUCCCUGCAUGCUCUUCUCUUUUCUCACCGGACUGGUGUUCUACCUACCCACAGACUCUGGUGAAAAGAUGACUCUGUCCAUCUCUGUCCUGCUGUCUCUGACUGUCUUCCUGCUGGUUAUUGUGGAACUCAUCCCGUCCACCUCCAGUGCUGUUCCUCUCAUCGGGAAGUACAUGCUCUUCACCAUGGUGUUCGUCAUCGCCUCCAUCAUCAUCACCGUCAUCGUCAUCAACACACAUCACCGCUCACCCAGCACACACACCAUGCCCGCCUGGAUCCGCAAGGUCUUCAUCGAAACCAUUCCCAACAUGAUGUUCUUCUCUACGAUGAAGCGUCCCAGUCAGGAGAUCAGGCAGAAGAGGCUGUCCACCGACAUGGACAUAUCCGACAUCUCAGGAAACCCCACCCCCACCAAUGUCACCUACCAGUCACCCAUAGUCAAAAACCCUGAUGUCCGCAGCGCCAUCGAGGGGGUGAAGUACAUCGCUGAGACGAUGAAAUCAGAUGAGGAAUCCAACAAUGCGGCAGAGGAGUGGAAGUUUGUUGCCAUGGUUUUGGACCACAUCCUGUUGUGUGUGUUCAUGGCCGUGUGCAUCAUCGGGACCCUCGCCGUCUUUGCUGGAAGACUCAUUGAGCUGAACAUGCUGUAGUGAGUCUGUAUGGAAGAUUUCCACACACUUGUGAAACCCUCGAAUAUGUACCCUUUUCUCUGAGUACAGUGUGGUAAGAGAUGAAUCCAGGCACGUUAAAGGCUGAGUCUGAAAAGGCAAGGCUCAUACUUGAAACUUUUAUUGUAACUAAUAACUUUUUUUGUAUUGUUUUUCUGUGUUUAUUUGCUGCCAUUCACUCCUGUGUGUCUUAUUACUGUAAUAGAAAAACCCUAACAGUAAUAAUCACUGUGUUUUGUCUUGUUUUAGCAGUUUGGUUUAAGUUUGGAUAAGGGAUAAGUUUCCGAUGCUAAAAUAUUAAAAUAUUAACCCUUUCAUGCAUAGUGGUCACUCCAGUGGA